AUUCGUCUUCAACCUAUCUUCUUCUAGCUCUCACAUCUCAAUCAAAUCAGCGAAAUAAAGGAUUCGAAUAAACAAAUAUUAAAUCAUAGAAAUGGAGCGCGGUGGAGGAUUCACCGCCGAAGAUCUGUCGACCAUCGGCGGCAUCGCGACGGUGUCGUUGCUGCAUUCCUUCAUUCCGACGCAUUGGCUACCCUUCUCCAUCGUGGGACGCGCCCAGAAAUGGACUCUUUCCCGUACUCUCAUCGUCACUGCACUUGGUGCGGUUUUGCAUGUUUUAUCAACAUCACUUCUAGGAGUAACCGCAAUCACCAUAUCAAACACAAUUGCUGGAGAGGAAACUGUGCAUAAACUUGCUUCUUUGUUGCUCAUAGUUCUUGGUGGAAGUUAUGCAAUCUUUUUUUUAACUGGAAAGGGGGGAGGUCACAGCCAUUCACACAACCAACCCAUGGAAAAAAUGGCUGUUGCUGGGCUUGUUCUUGUGCCCGCUUUGUCUCCCUGCGCGACCACUCUGCCAGUUUUUCUUGCUGUUGGAAAUUCAUCUACCAUGUUGGUGCUUGCCAUUAUUGUCCUUCUACUCAGCACAAUAACAGUGAUGACCUCGCUAGUUGCUCUCUCGUUUUACGGUGCGAGUCAGCUCAAGUUUCACUGGGUGGAACGCUACGACAAGCUCCUCGUAGGUUCAGUUCUAUGUUUGGUUGGGAUUUUAACUCUCCUCUUUCACGAUCACGACCACAGUGUAGAAGCGGCCUCUGUUGCAGACAACCUGCACAGGAAAUUAAUUGUUUUAUAGUUUUGCUUGCUAGUUCUAUGAGUUGUUUCCAGUGCUUCUCAUCCAAAAGAAAUGGUAAGUUCAAAUUUAAAAUUUCUGGCUAUUUGUUCAACUCUGCUAGGGGGGGUACCCUACCCUCACCCUCACCCUCACCCUUUUGUUUGUUCUUUUACUAUGUCAUACACUAAAGGACACAAAAACCAAUUAGAGCACUCCCAAAGCCCCAAACCAGAUACACCCACCCACCCACUCACUCCUAGAGCUUUGGGGACCAAGUUAUAAACUGCGGGAUUGCACUCGCUGCAUCUUCUAUAGCGUAUGUGCACUUCUAAUCGCAGUGGGUUCAAUACGAGUUGAAUCUCGCAAACAAUUGUCAUCACAACAGGCUAUGAAAGAUCAUUGUGUUGAAGGUUUCUUUGAAGUACAAAUAGUGUGUAUUUUUUUUUACAAGGGCCACAACUUGGCUAUAAAUGAUGUCAAAAGUUAAGAUAUGAAAGCAUAGUUGGGAUCAUAUACAUUAGUUUAAUCAUAUUCAUAUUUAGUUAUUGUGAAACAAACUCUUCAACACAUU